GAGCCGGAGGAGAGCGCACGCACUUGUGGAGCACCGCCACGACUUUCUCAAAGUUGUGUGGAAACAUGGAGCUGCGCGGCGUCUACCUCUUCCUCUUUUUAUUUAUCAACCAAGUAUUUAUCAGCCUCCAGUCCAAAGAACAGGUAUUACUAGAUAUGAGAGCUUCAGGAUCAGAGUUGGGCUGGUUGACGUUGCCAAAUGAGAACGGAUGGGAAAUAACCCAGACGGUGGUGAACGGCUCACUCUUCUAUACCUACAGCGUUUGCAGCAUAGACUCGGCCGAGCAGGACAACUGGCUGCGCACAACGUUCAUCCAGCGGCGCCCCGGGACCACGCGUGUCUCUGUGGAGCUGAAGUUUGUCGUGCGAGACUGCAACACCUUCGAUGGCGCUUCUGUCGCCUGCAAAGAAACCUUCAACCUUUUCAUCUCGGAGGCAGACGCCGACGUGGGAACCAACUUCCGUAAAGGGCAGUUCCGAAAAGUGGCCACCAUCGCCCCGGACGAGGUGACCCGCGGCCGCGUGCCAAAGGUCAACACGGAGACCAGGACCGUGGGGCCCCUGUCCAGGAAGGGCUUCUACCUGGCCUUUCAGGAUAUGGGCGCGUGCGUGGCGCUGCUGUCCGUCAGAGUCUACUACAAGACGUGUCCUUCCACGGUGCAGAGCCUGGCAGCCUUCCCGGAGACGGUUGCCGAUGCCCUCAGGGAGGUGGAGGGAGCCUGUGUGGAGCACGCCGUCAGCCAGGCCACCCCACGCAUCUACUGCACAGCUGAGGGCGAAUGGGUGGUGCCCGUGGGCCAGUGCCAGUGUCUCGCAGGCUACGAAACCACCGGCGACUCCUGCCAAGUUUGCAAACCCGGAUACUUCAAGCCGACUGUGUCAAGCGAGCUAUGUCUCGUUUGUCCUGAUAAUACCAAGCCCUCUGCGGCCGGCGCCACUGAGUGUCUGUGCGAGGACGGUUUCUACCGCUCCUCCUCCGACCUCCCUACGUCAGGCUGCUCCGCUCCCCCCAGUGCCCCCCGUGACCUUACCUCCACCACCCUGUCAGCAGAGGGCAGGCUGCAGCUGUCCUGGAGCCCGCCGCUGGUGACCGGGGGCCGCGGCGAUAUCACCUACAGCGUGGCGUGCGAGCUCUGCGAUGCGGCCUCCUGUGUCGCCUGCAGCGAGAAGAUCCGCUUUGAGACGGGGCCGACGGGCCUGCGGGACACCACGGUCAUCGUCAGCGACCUGGAUUCUCACCUGAACUACACGUUCACAGUGGAGACACACAGUGGCGUGUCCCAGUUUGGCACUGAGAGGCCCACGGCGUCCAUCACCACCGCUCUGGACUACACAGAUCCCCCCAAGGUGACGUUGAUCCAUCUGGAUGAUCGCGGCCCCACCUCUCUGUCUUUGUCCUGGAGUCUGUCUCGCAGACCUCCAGCCCACAUCAAUCACCGCUAUGAGAUUAUGUACCGCAGAAAAGAUGACGAUGGCGAGCGUGAUGUGACCACAUACACAGUCCUCAUUUUGGAGAAAAGCUCUGUCCAGAUUAAUGAUCUCACCCCAGACACUACUUAUUUGUUCAGAGUUCAGGCUCUCGGUCCCGACGGUAACCCUGGCAGCUACAGCGUGGAGCACGAGUUUCACACUUCAGCAUUAGCCGAGUCUCGGAUCCAGAAUAACUCCACCAUGGUGCUGGGAGCCGUCAUCGGAGUUGCGGUCAUUCUGCUUGUUGUGGUGGCCGUCCUGCUGCUGCGUAAACGGAGAUUGAACUCUCGUGGAAGAGGAGGACCCGAGGAUCCCUACUUUUCAACAGAUCAGCUGAAGCCUCUGAAGACGUACGUUGACCCACAUAUGUAUGAGGAUCCCAACAUCGCCAUCCAGAAGUUUGUGACAGAAAUCGACCCAAGUGCAAUUAACAAACAAAAAGUCAUCGGUGUGGGAGAGUUCGGGGAAGUGUUUCGUGGUGUGAUGAAGACUCCCGGGCGAGGGGAGGUGACUGUGGCCAUCAAGACCCUGAAGCCGGGCUACUCAGAGAAACAGAGGCAGGAUUUCUUGAGUGAGGCCAGCAUCAUGGGACAGUUCUCACACCCGAAUAUCAUUCGGCUGGAGGGAGUCGUCACCAAAUUUAAACAUGCCAUGAUAGUGACCGAGUACAUGGAGAACGGAGCUCUGGAUACAUAUCUGAAGGGCCGUGAUGGCGAGAUUCCUCCGUACCAGCUGGUGGGAAUGCUGCGUGGAAUAGCUGCUGGGAUGAAAUACCUUUCUGACAUGAGCUACGUCCACCGGGACCUGGCGGCAAGAAACGUUCUGGUCAACAGUGAACUGGAGUGCAAAGUGUCUGAUUUCGGCUUGUCACGCGUGUUGGAAGACGAUGCUGAGGGCACCUACACAACCAAAGGAGGUAAAAUCCCAAUCCGCUGGACGGCCCCAGAGGCCAUCGCCUACAGGAAGUUCACUUCAGCCAGCGACGUGUGGAGCUUCGGGAUCGUCAUGUGGGAAGUCAUGGCAUUUGGAGAACGGCCCUACUGGGACAUGAGCAACCAUGAGGUCAUGAAGGCUAUCAACGAGGCCUUCAGGCUCCCCGCCCCCAUGGACUGCCCGUCUGCCAUCUACCAGCUCAUGCUCCAGUGCUGGCAGCACGACCGCUCGAAGCGGCCGCGCUUCUCAGACAUCGUCAACAUUUUGGACAAACUUCUUCGAAAUCCAGAGUCUUUGAAAACCAUUGCUGACUUUGACCCACGCGUGUCCAUCCGCCUGCCCAGCACCAGCGGCUGUGACGGCACCAUGUUCAGGUCGGUGCCCGAGUGGCUGGAAUCCAUCAAAAUGAGCCAGUACAGCGAGAGCUUCGCUCACGCGGGGGUAACGACCAUGGAGCAGGUGCUGGCUUUGAGGCAUGAAGACAUCAGGAACAUCGGCGUGCGGCUGCCCGGCCACAUGAAGAGGAUAGCAUACAGCAUCCUGGGCCUGAAAGACGAGACCAGCUCCCUCAGCGUGUUCGCCGUGUGAUCUAAGCAUUCCUCCAAAUCAAAGAGCACUGAGCGGCCGAGCCAUUUCACUCUGGGGCGACUGCAGCGGUAUGGGGGUGAAACUGAGCCACACUGAGCAGGACGGUUUAUUUUCUGGUGGCACAGUGUGGCACGACUGAAAACGACCCUCCAGGCCACUCAGACAGGACGGAGAUCCAAUACUUUUAAGAACAUUACAGGAAAAAAAAGAAAACUAUUUAUCUUUAUAUGAAAAAAAAAAUGUUUAUAUGGUGAACAUAAACAACUUGUGUGAUGUAGAAAAUGAAAUUAUUUGAAAAAAAUGAAGAAUGUGAGAGCAUAUGAGAGUGCUUGGCUUUAUAUUCACUGAAAGACUGAAAGGCUCUUCAUGAUUGAGGCCUACUUCCUCCGAGCACUCGCUUCAUCCUGCCCGUGUUUCUGGAUUCUGAAAUCUAAACGUUGUUUUCUUUCUCCUUUGUGAUCUGUGAGACUUACUUUUACAUUGGGAAGAGUUUUUUUUUCCACUCAGGGUGAAGAAUCACAUUCUAGUUAGUCUCUUUAUCACAACUUUUCUUUGUUUACAUCAUGUCUUACUACAGCUGUCCAUUUUUUAUUUAAUAUUUAUUUUAUAUUUAUGUCCUUUUGUUACAUGACGAAUAAUUGUGAGCUGGCGCAUGUUUGCCAGGCAGCACAUUUUUUUGUUUUUGAAUAAAAACCUGUGCAGGACUA